AUGAAAUAAGCAAACAAUUCCUACUAAUUGUAAUAAUUUGAUCCAAUAGAGGUGAUUGACAAUUUAGAAACAUUAAAAAAAGUGAUAAAAUAAAAGGAUAUUUAAAUUAAAAAUAUGGAAACAGAAUUUUAGGAAAGAUUAAAUACAUUUUAAUUAGCUGUUGCAAGAGAUUAAGAUGGAUUGAAACAGGACAUAAUAUCAUUUUUAUUAAAAGACAAUGAGCAACAAAAAAAGAUUGAAUAGUUGCAUAUAAAUUAUGAAUUGUACGCUUUAAUAAUUAUCAUCAUUAGAUUGCAAAAUUAAUUGGAAGAGACAUUCAUAGAAAGUAAUAAUAAAAUAAAGACCUUACUUGAUAUAAAUGACAAGAAGGAUUAUGAAAUAGGAUAGCUGAAAUAGUAAAUUAGAGACACUGAAGAAAGAGUGAAUCAACUGAGGAAAAAUUCAAUUUCAAAAGAUAGAAAUAUGGUUGAAACUGAAACAACGAUUAAUAAAAAAGUUCUUGAUCUUUAAAGAAGAGAAGCUGAUUUAACAUUCAAACUGAAACAGGCCUUGGACAAAAAUUAGUAAUUAUAAAACUAAUUUGAAAAUUAUUAAAAUGAAAAGGAAGUUAAAUUAAUCAAAUAAGUGGAACAUCUAAAGAAGUAAAAUACUUCUUAAUUAAAUAAUAUCUCAUCAAAUUAUGAGGAUUAAGUUAAAACAUCAAAGGAGGUUAUUGAAUAAUUGUAAGAACACAUUCUCAAUUAAAAAGAAAGAUUCUCCUUUAUUUAAGACGAAAAUUAAAAGUUAAAAUAUGAAGUUGAAAUUGCAAAUGCUAAAAUAAAUUAAUUACUAACUAUUAUAGAUAAACUUUAGUAAACAGAAGCCUUGCAUGAUCAUACAAGAAAGGAAUUACAAUAAAUUGAAGAUGGUAAAAAAUCAUUAGAAAGAAAUUAUAAAUUAGAAAUCUAAGCCUUAUAAAUCUAAUUGGAGGAAGCCACAAAAUAUAUUGAUUUAACUACCAAUCUUCAAUAGAAGCUUAAUAAAAAAGACUCAAAAAUAUCAUGUCUAUAAAAUGAAAACCAAUAAUUACAAUAAUUAGUUUCAGAUUUGAGGCAUUAAGUUUCAUCAGUUGAAUAGCAUUUUUAAUUAAAUGUUGAUGAAUAGAGAAAAGCUAAUGUGCUAUUAUCAAAUAAAGAGUACGAGCUUUAAACAAUAAUUGAGAGUUAAGCUCAGAAUUUUGUUGAAUAGGAACUGAAAUUGAAAUAAAGCUAUGAAGAAUUAUGGUUAGAUUACUAAAAUUUAUAAUAUGCAUAUGAAUUGUUAAAAUAAAAGAGUGGUGAAGAUUCAUUUAGAUUAAAACUAUACAAAACCAAUGAAAAAAAAGGAAGUAGGGCCCUACAUGGUAGUCAAACUAGAAUGACAAUUGCGGAAAGAGAUCAAUAAAGUAACUAAGAAACUAUAAAAAUCAAUGAUGAAGCCUUUUUAAAGACACUGGAAAACUACUAAAAUUAGGACUAAGCGAAGUAAACUAAUAAAAAAUUAGAUCGAAAUGUAUAUGUAAAAAGAGGUUGA